AUUCAUAAGACUGGAGCGGCUACGCCGGGGACACGCGGAGCCGGGGCUUGCGGGACUUGACUACUGGUGACACUUCUUCUUCUUCUUGGCGGCCGUGAAAAAAUUUAUAUAUAUAUAUAUUAUUUUUUAAUUGGAGAGAAAGUUUUGUGGGUUUCUUUUUGUGCAAGACUCCUUCUAGAUCGUUCUUCUGUUUCGUCCCGAGGAUAGAUUUACUUUCUGUGGGCUUUUGGAUCGCGCCCCUCUGCCCUCUCCCAUUUCGCGGGACUCCUGGAAAGGAAGGAAACAGCAUCCGAAGCGCACGCUGACCGGCGGCACUGCGCGGCGGGACUCGGGGCGGGGAGCGAUCCCCGCGUCGCCCCCCGUGAAAUCGACGGAGCUUGGACUUUCAGGAGGUACAGCGGAGACCUGAAGGGGACCUGGGCGCUUGCAGAGGGGACUUGAUCGAAACUUGGGCAGUUCUCCGAGCCGGACGCGGAGCUCCCCCAAGCAGCGCACUUUGGGGACGUGUCCGGUCUACUCCGGACUCGCAUCUCAUCCCACUCGGCCAUAGCCUUGGCUUCCCGGCGACCUCAGCGUGGUCACAGGGGCCCCCCUGUGCCCAGGGAAAUGUUUCAAGCUUUCCCCGGAGACUACGACUCCGGCUCCCGGUGUAGCUCGUCACCCUCUGCCGAGUCUCAGUACCUGUCUUCGGUGGACUCCUUCGGCAGUCCACCCACCGCUGCCGCCUCCCAGGAGUGCGCCGGUCUCGGGGAAAUGCCCGGCUCCUUCGUGCCAACGGUCACUGCAAUCACAACCAGCCAGGACCUCCAGUGGCUCGUGCAACCUACCCUCAUCUCUUCCAUGGCCCAGUCCCAGGGGCAGCCACUGGCCUCCCAGCCUCCAGCUGUUGACCCUUAUGACAUGCCAGGAACCAGCUACUCAACCCCAGGCCUGAGUGCCUACAGCGCUGGUGGAGCAAGCGGAAGGGGUGGGCCUUCGACCAGUACUACCACCAGUGGCCCUGGGCCUGCCCGCCCAGCCCGAGCCAGGCCUAGAAGACCCCGGGAAGAGACGCUCACCCCAGAAGAGGAAGAGAAGCGGAGGGUUCGCAGAGAGCGAAACAAGCUGGCGGCAGCUAAAUGCAGAAACCGUCGGAGGGAGCUGACCGACCGACUCCAGGCGGAAACGGAUCAGCUGGAAGAGGAAAAGGCAGAGCUGGAGUCGGAGAUCGCCGAGCUGCAAAAAGAGAAGGAACGCCUGGAGUUUGUCCUGGUGGCCCACAAACCGGGCUGCAAGAUCCCCUACGAAGAGGGGCCGGGGCCAGGACCGCUGGCCGAGGUGAGAGAUUUGCCAGGGUCAACAUCCGCUAAGGAAGACGGCUUCGGCUGGCUGCUGCCGCCCCCUCCACCACCGCCCCUGCCCUUCCAGAGCAGCCGAGACGCACCCCCCAACCUGACGGCUUCUCUCUUUACACACAGUGAAGUUCAAGUCCUCGGCGACCCCUUCCCCGUUGUUAGCCCUUCGUACACUUCCUCGUUUGUCCUCACCUGCCCGGAGGUCUCCGCAUUCGCCAGCGCCCAACGCACCAGCGGCAGCGAGCAGCCGUCUGACCCCCUGAACUCGCCCUCCCUUCUCGCUCUGUGAACUCUUUAGACAAACAAAACAAACAAACCCGCAAAGGAACGAGGAGGAGGAAGAGGAGGAGAGGGGAAGGAGCAGUCGGGGGUGUGUGUGGACCCCUUGACUCUUCUGUCUGACUGACUGCCGUCCGCCUCUGCCGUCGGACAGGACGGAAGGACCUCCUUUGUGUUUUGCGCUGCGUCUCUGGUUUCUGUGCCCCGGCGAGGCCGGAGAGCUGGUGACUUUGGGGACAGGGGGUGGGGCGGGGACGGACACCCCUCCUGCCAGACAUCUAAAGGUCCUGUCACUGCAACCCAACUUCUGGGGAUAGAUGGAUGGGUGGAUGAGGGGUGGGGUGUGACGCCCACUUUUGGCGUCUUGCGUGAGGCUGGAGGGGAAGGGGUGCUGGGUGUGGGGUGCAGGGUGGGCUUGUGGACGAGCUGGCAUGCACCCCCAGAGCGGCCCAACGAGGAACUGACAGCCCUGUCCUUCUCCUUUCCCACACCCACCCACCCACCCACCCACACUCCAAGGCGCAGGGUGACCAAGAUAGCUCUCUUAUGCCCCCUCGGGCCUUAACUGAUUAACCCAACAUUUCCAAGAGGUCACAACCUCACCUCCUCCGGGACGAAUUGAGCCCCCACCCCCGACUGAGGGAAGUCGGUGCCUGCUUUGGGGAGUCCGCUAACCCCACUUCCCCGAUGAUUCCAAAAUGUGAACCCCUAUCUGACUGUUCAGGCUUUUCCUCCUGGAAAAACUGGCGUGGGUUGGAUUUUUUUUCUCAUCUGCUACAGAGCCCCCUCCCAACUCAGGCCCGAGCCCACCCCUGUGCAGUAUUAUGCCAUGUCCCCCUCACCCCAACCCUCAGCCGCCCUUGGCCGUCCUCGUUGGGCCUUUCUGGUGUCAGGCAGCAGGGGGCGCUGCGACGCCCGUCUUGCUGGAGCGCUUUAUACUGUGAAUGAGCGGCCGGAUUGCGGGGUGCGCGGGGUGGGAUUGACCCCCAGCCCUCCAAAGCCUUCCCUGGGUCUCCCCUUCUUCCAGCUGCCUCCUCCCUGCCCUCGACAGGGAGUUAGACUCAAAGGAGGGACGGUGAUGCACCCCUGUGGCCGCCUUGCGCAGGCCCCAGACAUUUUUCCCCAAGGUCUCCCGCCUUCCCCAGCCUAGGACGCCAACUUCUCCCCACCCUGGGAGCCCCGCAUCCUCUCACAGAGGUCGAGGCAGUUUCUAGAGAAGUUUUCAGGGCUGAGGCUUUGGCUCCCCUACCCUUGAUAUUUGAACCCCCAAAUAUUUUUGGACUGGCAUACUUCAGAGGGGGCUGAGUUUCCACUAUUCCACUCCAUCCAAUUCCUCCAGCCCCAAAUAUGGGUCCUGGCUCCUCCCUCCAGCUUUCACCUCGUGAGAAUUCCACGAGUCAGAUUUCUAUUUUUUAAUAUUGGGGAGAUGGGCCCUCCCGCCCCCCUCCCCUGUGCUGCAUGGAACACAUUCCACACCCUGUCCUGGGUCCUCGGUUCCAACCCUAACCCCCACCCAAGCUAUUUAUCCCUUCCCUGGUUCCCGAAAAGCACUUAUAUCUAUUAUGUAUAAAUAAAUAUAUUAUAUAUGAGUGUGUGUGAGUGCGUGUGCGUGCGGUGUGUGUGUGCGCGCGUGUGUGCGAGCUUCCUCGUUUGCAAGUGUGCUGUGGAGUUCGAAAUCACUUCUGGGAACUCGAGUCAGACUCUGGCUAUCCCUUCAUAACUCACUCUGUUGUCCCAGCCCCUCUGGCUGUUGGAGACAGUCUUUUCUCAGUCUGUUUCGAUCUGACCACUUCCAACAUGUCUCCUCUCUCACUGGCCCUGAUCUUCCUUCUGUCUGUCGACUCUGGGUUUGUUGGGGACAUGCAAUUUUACUUUUGUGAGUAAGUGUGACUGGGUGGUAGAUUUUUACAAUCUAUAUCGUUGAGAAUCCUGGCUGGGAAUGUAUGAGCAGGAGAAGGGCCUGCCGCUGCCGACCACAGUUCAUUGACUCCGUAGCUCCCCACCCAUGCUGUAUUUGUGAUUUUGUUGUUGUUGUUGUUGUUGAUGAUGAUGUAUUUUGCACCUGACCCAGGGGGUGCUGGGACAGUCUAGCACUGGGCAGCUCCCCUCCCCCCUUGGUUCUGCACUGUCGCCAAUAAAAAGCUUUAAAAAA